UCACUUUGCAAAGUAGCUGAGAAGCUUGUAUUUUGCUUCCAGUUUUUGCUGAUUUUUCGUUUCCAAAAUAAUGUAAUCUAUUAAUUUAACUGAUCCAAUGCAUAGUUUCAAAUUGUUACAACGUAUUUAUAUUGAUAAUAAAUUCCAUAAUGAUAAUUUAGACUAAAAUUCCGUAAUAAACAUGAGCGCUGUGGUUGUGGAGGUUGUAUCCGACGAUUGCAAGAUGAUUAAAGAAGAAUUCAGCUCACAAAAUAUAAAUAAAAUAUGCCGAGUGUGUCUGUCGACCGACAAUAUAGCAAUGGAGUCUUUAUUGCCCCUGGAGGGCUGGGGCCUAGCUGAAAUGUACACUACCCUAACGUCUAUAGAUGUAUCUCAAGAUGACUUCCCCUCGCAAGCCUGCCGGUCGUGUAAAGCCGAGAUUGAGCACUGCUAUGAGUUCCGGGCUAAGUGCAUCAAAGCCAAUAAUUUUAUAAAAUCCUUGUUAACUGCGGCAAGUGGAAUAAAAGAAGAAACAAAUAUUAGAAAAGGGGAAUCAUCGCAAAAGACCAGUUUAAUUGUAAGCAAAGCUGAAAUCAAAGAAGAGGAAGAUGAAAUUACAGACAUGCAGUACGAGUAUUUAGAAGAGGACUUGAUCAAUGAUGAUGAGGAAUGGAGGCAAGAUAUGGACAGCAAGGACAUCUUGGAGAUCACAAAGGCAGGAGAUAAGACAUACCAAAGAAAAUUAGCAUCAGAGAGUAAAAAUCGGAAUUAUUACUGCACUUCAUGUAAUAAGAAAUUCAAAACUAUAAAAGCGCUCCGGAACCACACGAAACAGCACGAGAAGGAGGUACCAAGCAACGCGUGCGGGCAGUGCAAGGAGGCGUUCACGUGCGCGCACGACCUGCGGCUGCACGCCGCCGUGCACCUCAAGGGGCCCGUGUGGACCUGCCCUAACAGUGAGUGUGGGAAGGAGUACAACAACCGCACGGUGUUCCGCCGCCACGUCCGCCGCCACAUGCUCGGCAAGCGGCACUGCUGCGAGCGCUGCGGCAAGGGCUUCGCGGAGCCCCACGCGCUGCGGCGCCACGCCAGGGUGCACUCCGGCCAGCCCCCGCCGCGCGACCACGCCUGCCACCUGUGCGACAAGCGAUUCACGGACGGCAGUCUCCUGACGGCGCAUAUAGCGCGUCACACGGGGGAGUUGCCUUGCGCGUGCCCCGUGUGCGAGAAGCGUUUCCCCUCCGCGCGGCUGCUCGCCUCGCACGCGCUCGUGCACUCUGACCUCAAGCCGCACGCCUGCCACUUCUGCGACCGCCAGUUCCGACACGACUCAACACUCCGCACUCACCUGCGCACGCACACGGGAGAGAAACCUUACGUGUGCUCCGUGUGCGGGAAGACUUUCAUACAGAACUCCAACCUUACGCUGCACAUGCGGACACAUACUGGUGAGCGACCGUAUUCGUGUUCUUUGUGUUCGCGGCGCUUCACUUCAGGCUCUUCGCUAAAGACUCACAUUCGAACACACACCGGUGAAAAACCAUAUAGCUGCGAACUGUGCGGGAAGAGGUUCGCCCGCCUGGACGUGCGCGCGCACCUGCGGCUGCACGCCGGCGAGCGCCCGUUCGCGUGCUCCGCCUGCCCCAAGACGUUCGUCAGCGCGGCGCGCCUGCGCGAGCACACGCGUGUGCACACAGGCGAGCGUCCCUACGAAUGUGCAAUGUGCCCCCUAAAAUACCCGACUAAAUCCCACCUCGUAAAACACCUAAAGACCCACGAGACGAAAAAGCCCAAGCGCGAAGAGAGGCGAGAUAAGGUGGGUAAAGUGGGUAAAGUGAUCAUAAUCCAGCACAUCGAGCAAGAUACCUUGGAGAAGGAUAUCGGGGAGCAGGUGCCUCUAGAAGUGACGGGGGAACUGGUGCUGCAGGAAGACGGGGAAAUAAAGACGGAGCUGCUGAUGGUGGACGCGUACGAGGGAGUGCUGCAGCCCAAGAUACACGACUUUUAAUUUAUUAUACGAUUUUGG